AAAAAUUAUGACUUCUCGUACAAAAAUUUGUGAAUUGAAUUUAUUUUAAUUUUCUUCUCUUUUUUUAAUUACUAUGUUCUUUUCUUUUUCUUUUUUUCUCUAUCUUGUCAACAAAGAAAACACUUUGCAAAAACCAUAACUGAACAAAGAGAGACUGACAAAAACGAGCACAAAGAGCACAGAGAAACGAUUAGCAGAAACAGUGACGAAGGAAAAUGAGCAGCAUAGGCACUGGCUACGAUCUAUCGGUGACCACAUUCUCGCCGGACGGCCGCGUUUUCCAGAUCGAAUACGCGGCGAAGGCCGUCGACAACAGCGGCACUGUGGUGGGCAUCAGAUGCAAGGACGGGGUCGUUAUGGGAGUAGAAAAGCUGAUUGCUUCGAAGAUGAUGUUGCCCGGGUCCAACAGGAGAAUCCACUCCGUCCAUCGGCAUUCGGGCAUGGCUGUUGCUGGACUAGCUGCAGAUGGCAGGCAAAUUGUGGCAAGAGCAAAAUCUGAAGCAACUAACUAUGAGAGUGUGUAUGGUGAAGCAAUUCCUGUACAAGAACUUGCUCAACGCGUGGCUAGUUACGUGCAUUUGUGCACACUUUAUUGGUGGCUCAGGCCUUUUGGAUGUGGAGUUAUUUUGGGAGGUUAUGAUAGAGAUGGGCCGCAGUUGUACAUGGUUGAACCAUCUGGAAUUUCAUAUAGGUACUUUGGUGCUGCUAUUGGGAAGGGAAGGCAAGCUGCUAAAACAGAGAUCGAAAAAUUAAAGCUUUCUGAGAUGACUUGCCGACAAGGGGUUAUUGAGGUUGCGAAGAUUAUUUAUGGGGUACAUGAUGAAGCAAAGGACAAGGCAUUUGAACUGGAAAUGAGUUGGGUUUGUGACGAGUCCAACCGUCAGCAUCAGAAAGUCCCGGAUGAUCUGUUAGAGGAAGCUAAGACAGCCGCUAAAGCUGCACUUGAAGAAAUGGAUGCAGAUUAGUCGGCUGUGAACUUCAUUUUUCGUAUUACUUUCCUCUCGUGUAACUUUUUUCUCGAAAAACAAUCGUGUUACUUAUACACUCGGCCUGCAAUGGAGCAACUUGAUAUGAAGUACGAACAGAGUACAAUCGAUUCGGAUUUGUUUUGUCAUGUAUGAACUUAUUUCUGCUUUAAAACCAUGUUGAACAGUGUUAUUCAGUGCCCCAAUUUUCAAUCUUCUCUCUUUAUGUAUGCUAUUAUGUUGUCAUGUAAUAAUAAUAAUCUUUGUACCUUAACUUAUGAACAAAUGCAAAUGCCAUCUCAUCAUUGAAAAAGAACACAAACAUUUAUCACACAUUUGAACUAUCUUCACCUUAACUUUACAAGAAAUAGUAUAGACAGAAAAUACACCCAGAAGAGACACUUUACAAACCAAAACACGAAAUCAAAUCUCCCUAUUCUUCCCAUUUGUAUAAAAGUCCCACAUUUUUCCUGCUCUUUCUCCGUUUCACCCAAAACGAAAAGGCGAAAAUACGAAAUUCAAAAAAAUUCACCGAACUUCUGAGUUUCGAUCGAUCGCCUGCUUCAAAGUGUACAAAAAAAACCCUACCAUUCGCAGCACAAAAUUCUAUUCAUUCCUCUUCUUGAACAUGUAGCCUAAGCCUCCUCAGCCAAAUCUCGUAAUCGACCGGAUAAGGUGUCCCACACAGACUAUCGACAUAAUCGGCAAAAGCUUUCAGCACAGCAGAUAUAUCACCCAGCUUCUGCUGAAUCAAUCUCCUCGACCACGAAUUUUCCCUCCAAACCAAAGCCCCCUCAACCGAGUCCAACUCAGGCAAAUCCCCACCCGAAGAGAAAUAUAGGGUGUACACUAAGCUCUCCGCAUCCGAUGCGGAGCAUAAUUUCCCUUCCUGAAGAGCAGAAGUCGACGAGAAAUGAAGAUUCAUCGCCGGUCGAUCCCUCUCUUCAAGAAUCGCGUGGCCCCACCCAAUCACUACAUAAUAAUAAAACGAACCCCUCAAAUCCGAUCUUUUCACGCGUAUAAUAUUUUCGGGUCUUAUGUCCCCAUGCCGAACCCCAGCCGAUGAUAACGCAGAUAAACAAUUGUGACAGCACUUUAUAGCCUCGUCCGCGGUAAAUUUGCCAGCUUUGACCAGGUCAACUAUGUUCAUUCCAACCGGCCCAGUCACCAAGACAGGUGUACCGCACCACGGAUGAUCACAUCCCGAGCUCGACGAUUUUCGGCACUGGCUGCCCGGAUGAAUGGCUCGACCAGACGCGAUUAUCUCGGGAAGAUAUUUGCUCGAAACACCUUUUUCUCUCAUCACACUAAGCACUUUCGUCUGCCUCUGGACUUGGUACCAA